GCAUUUCCCAGCGUUCCUCGAGGCGGCGGCCGUAAAGCGCGGCGGUCGAACGGCCGGUUCCGGCUGAAUGUCAGUGCGGGGCUGUGGGCCGGGGAGGAAGGUGGCUGGCGGUCCCUCCACCACCUCCGCCGCUGCCUCCUCGGGUUGUGUUGCCGCCGCGGGCGCUGGGCCGCUCGGCCGGUCGGGCAUGAGACCGUGAGGCGAGCAAGGAAUCGGGGCCGCCGACAUGUUUGGCCGCUCGCGGAGCUGGGUGGGCGGGGGCCAUGGCAAGUCCUCCCGCAACAUCCACUCCUUGGACCACCUCAAGUAUCUGUACCACGUUUUGACCAAAAACACCACAGUCACAGAACAGAACCGGAACCUGCUGGUGGAGACCAUCCGCUCCAUCACUGAGAUCUUGAUUUGGGGGGAUCAAAAUGACAGCUCUGUAUUUGACUUCUUCCUGGAGAAGAAUAUGUUUGUUUUCUUCUUGAACAUCCUGCGGCAGAAAUCGGGCCGUUAUGUGUGUGUUCAGCUGCUGCAGACCUUGAACAUCCUCUUUGAGAACAUCAGUCACGAGACCUCACUUUAUUAUUUACUCUCUAAUAACUAUGUAAAUUCUAUCAUCGUCCAUAAAUUUGACUUUUCCGAUGAGGAGAUUAUGGCAUAUUAUAUAUCGUUCCUGAAAACGCUUUCGUUAAAACUCAACAACCACACUGUCCAUUUUUUUUAUAAUGAGCACACCAAUGACUUUGCCCUGUACACAGAAGCCAUCAAAUUUUUCAACCACCCUGAAAGCAUGGUUAGAAUUGCUGUAAGAACCAUAACUUUGAACGUCUAUAAAGUGGAUAAUCAGGCCAUGCUGCACUAUAUCAGAGAUAAAACGGCUGUCCCUUACUUCUCCAAUUUGGUCUGGUUCAUCGGGAGUCACGUGAUCGAGCUUGAUAACUGUGUGCAGACGGAUGAGGAGCACCGGAAUCGGGGGAAACUGAGCGACCUGGUGGCUGAGCACCUGGAUCACCUGCACUAUCUCAAUGACAUCCUGAUCAUCAACUGUGAGUUCCUCAACGAUGUGCUCACGGACCACCUGCUUAACAGGCUCUUCCUGCCCCUCUACGUGUACUCGCUGGAGAACCAGGACAAGGGAGGAGAACGACCGAAAAUCAGCCUGCCGGUGUCCCUCUAUCUUCUGUCACAGGUCUUCCUAAUUAUACACCAUGCACCGCUGGUGAACUCGUUAGCUGAAGUCAUUCUGAAUGGUGAUCUGUCUGAGAUGUACGCUAAGACUGAACAGGAUGUUCAGAGAAGUUCCGCUAAGCCCAGCAUUCGGUGCUUCAUUAAACCCACCGAGUCACUCGAGCGGUCCCUUGAGAUGAACAAGCACAAGGGCAAGAGGCGGGUGCAGAAGAGACCUAACUACAAAAACGUUGGGGAAGAAGAAGAUGAGGAGAAAGGGCCCACCGAGGACGCCCAAGAAGACGCUGAGAAGGCUAAAGGUACAGAGGGUGGUUCCAAAGGCAUCAAGACGAGUGGGGAGAAUGAAGAGAUCGAGAUGGUGAUCAUGGAACGCAGCAAGCUCUCGGAGCUGGCCGCCAGCACCUCUGUGCAGGAGCAGAACACCACGGACGAGGAGAAGAGCGCUGCAGCCACGAGCUACGAGAGUGCUCAGUGGAGCAGACCCUUCCUGGAUAUGGUAUACCACGCCCUGGACAGCCCGGAUGACGAUUACCACGCCCUCUUUGUGCUCUGCCUUCUCUACGCCAUGUCGCAUAAUAAAGGCAUGGAUCCUGAGAAAUUAGAACGAAUCCAGCUCCCAGUGCCAAACGCGGCUGAGAAAACCACCUACAACCAUCUCCUGGCCGAAAGGCUCAUCAGGAUCAUGAACAACGCUGCCCAACCAGACGGGAAGAUCCGGCUGGCGACCCUGGAGCUGAGCUGCCUGCUCCUGAAGCAGCAGGUCCUGACCGGCGCCGGCUGCGUCAUAAAGGACGUGCACCUGGCCUGCCUGGAGGGCGCGAGAGAAGAAAGUGUUCACUUGGUUCGACAUUUUUAUAAGGGAGAAGAAAUCUUUCUGGACAUGUUUGAAGAUGAGUACAGGAGCAUGACAAUGAAGCCCAUGAAUGUGGAAUAUCUCAUGAUGGACGCCUCCAUCCUACUUCCUCCAACAGGCACGCCGCUAACGGGCAUUGACUUUGUGAAGCGGCUGCCAUGUGGCGACGUGGAGAAGACCCGGCGGGCCAUCCGGGUGUUCUUCAUGUUGCGGUCCCUGUCGCUGCAGCUGCGAGGGGAGCCCGAGACCCAGCUGCCGCUCACUCGGGAGGAGGACCUGAUCAAAACCGAUGACGUCUUGGAUCUGAAUAACAGCGACUUGAUCGCGUGCACGGUGAUCACCAAGGAUGGCGGCAUGGUCCAGCGAUUCCUGGCUGUCGACAUUUACCAGAUGAGUUUGGUGGAGCCCGAUGUGUCCAGGCUUGGCUGGGGAGUAGUCAAGUUUGCAGGCCUUCUGCAGGACAUGCAAGUGACCGGCGUGGAUGAUGACAGCCGCGCCCUGAACAUCACCAUCCACAAGCCUGCGUCCAGCCCCCACUCCAAGCCCUUCCCCAUCCUCCAGGCCACCUUCAUCUUCUCAGACCACAUCCGCUGCAUCAUCGCCAAGCAGCGCCUGGCCAAGGGCCGCAUCCAGGCGAGGCGCAUGAAGAUGCAGAGGAUAGCGGCCCUCCUGGACCUCCCGAUCCAGCCAACGACCGAAGUCCUGGGCUUCGGACUCGGCUCCUCCUCUUCCACGCAGCACCUGCCUUUCCGCUUCUACGACCAGGGCCGCCGGGGCAGCAGUGACCCCACGGUGCAGCGCUCUGUGUUCGCGUCUGUGGACAAGGUGCCAGGCUUCGCCGUGGCCCAGUGCAUAAAUCAGCACAGCUCCCCGACCCCGUCCUCGCAGUCGCCGCCCUCUGCCAGCGGGAGCCCCAGCGACAGCGGGAGCACCAGCCACUGCGACUCGGGAGGCGCCAGCUCCUCCUCCACCCCCUCCGUGGCCCAGAGCCCAGCAGAUGCCCCCACGAUUCCAGAACAAGCUCAGCCUCACCUUCCUGACCAGUUGGUGAUCGUCAACGAAACAGAAGCAGACUCCAAGCCCAGCAAGACCGUGGCCAGGGGCGCAGCCCUGGAGACAAGCAGCCUGUCCCCCAGCCUGGUCCCCGCCCCGCAGCCCACCCUCUCCCUGCUCUGCGAGGACACUGCUGACACACUGAGCGUCGAGUCACUGACCCUCGUCCCCCCCGUCGACCCCCACAGCCUCCGCGCCCUCACCAGCAUACCCCUGCCACCCACGCCACCCCCAGCGUGCACAGAGCCCCUGGGCGAAGACGCCGCGUGUGCAGAGCCUGCAGGCCCCACCGGGCACUGAGUUGGCGCCGGGGCCUCCCUCUGUGUGUUUGGCCCCGCGGGCAGGGACCCCAGCGCGGCUGCCUGGCGAGACAUCGGGAACAGCCCUCAGCAGCCAUCUCAGCCACCUGGCCCUGCGCCCCUCGAGUUGGAGGGAGACUGGGCCCCGUUUGAAUCUUCCUUCACUGAGCGCCUCUUCGGGAACAGGCUGGGGCUGGUGGAGACACCCCAGCGAGUGCAGACGACGGCAGUGACCGCCGCAGGGAGGAGGGUGAGCUCCUUGUCUCUGAGCCCGGGUGGCAGGACCCACUGGCACCUCUCCCUGCAGACCACCCCUCUGUCACCAUCCCCAGCGUGCACCGAAGAACUGGACCAGGUCAUUUUAGGGAGAAAUUUGUAGAAAAGUGAACUUAGAUGAUCCAUUUCCUUUGGCUAUUUAUUUCCGCUUUUGGCAGCAGAUGAAAAGCAUUUCUUUUAAAAGCAUCUAUUUAAACAAAGAGUCCAAAAACAUCCUCAACGCUAAGUGUUGAUGUCAUGUUAAAAGUUUAAUAAUACUGUUAAGAGUUCAUUUUCAUUUUCACUUUCUCUUGACCUUCCCAAUGUUUUCUUCCAGGGUUCUCAGUGUUGCUGUCUCCAUUUAUUUAAGUGAUUCUUAUUUCUCUGUUACUCAGCAACUCUGCGAGCCUGUGGAAUGAUAAAGUACCUUCCUGGAAAGUCUAGAUUAUUUUUUAAACAAAACGAAGGGAGAUACAUGUAUUCUCAGGUACACAGCUGAGAGGGCCGAAAGUUUCUCUCCUGUAGCAGCCAAGAGGCCCGUGUCACCUGCCAGAGACGUCCCCGCGGAAGGGGAGGACGCAACCGGCUCCCCACUCGGGAUGCGCCGUCCCCUCUCUGUCCUCAAACCAAACACGGAUGGUCUCCAGCAUCGUCUUCAGUGUUGGCGUCUCUGUUUGUCUAAGAAAGGACCAUUUGGGGCCGCGAAGACUCCAGACCCAGUGGCGUGAUGGAAGUUAAAGAAAGCCGCCCUCUGCCCCACUGCAUGUGGGCGUCUGAGCCACCUGGAGCCAGCUGCCACCCGGAGCUCUGCGUCUGCCCCGCUCUUCCUCGCCACGGCCCCUGCUUGUCUUAACAUGAAAACCCCGCAGUGCCGUCUCCGCUCGGGCUGGGUGUGGACGGGCCGGGAUGCAGGCGUAUCUGACGUAGCGCCCAAGGUGCUCCUUUCCGCCUGGCAGCCGGACGCAGCCGAGCGACCCCUGCCUCUCUAGUCAAUGGCAAGACCUUCCCCAGCUGUCCUCCCAGCACGCAGAUGUGUCCAGGAGGAGUGUCAGCCCACGGGGUGCCAGUGUCCGCUGAAGCCUGGCGUUAGGGUGGCCCCAGAAGGUAGCCUGAGAUCUCACCGUCUACCCAUUAGAGGAACGCGGUCCUUACCGCCUCUGCCAAACCAGCUGUCCCCGCAGGGCAGCCAAGGUCAGUUUUCAGCCUCAUGAAGGAAACACAGUGGGCCACCAAGGAGGGGCAGCGGUGCCCCUGGGACAGGUCUGUCCCGUCCUCAGAAGCCCUGUGGGUAGCUGUGCCCACCAGCUGGCACACUCACAGGCACAGGGACCUUUGCUUCAAGAGAGAAAAGACCCAGCUCCGCGAGGAGGCCGUGUGGGCAGAGAUUCCAAGGAAGGACAAGCCGUGACCGUCGGCAGAGCCCCUGGGAAGGACGGGGCGGAGAAGGGCAGAGGGUCCGGGAAGAAAGGACCACGUCGGGAUCUGUCACUGGUGUGCUGGAGGGCAGAGCCUGUUCUGAGCUGGCUCACCCCGAGCCACGCACUUCUGGUUUUGAGAUGACUGUCUUUGGGCCAGCAGAAAUGAGAGAAGGCGAGUGACUGCCCCACCCAGUGGUGCGACCGCAGCUCACGGAACACACCACGCAGUGGGCCCAGGCCCGUGUGGACCGCCAGCCUGCCGUCGGGAAUGCUGGGGCUCCAGCCGGCCUUGUUGCUCCGAGCACUAAAGGAGAGAGGUCUCGGGCAGGGGGUGGACAGCACUCCGGAAGGACUGUGCCCUGGCCAAAGACAGGCCUGUCCCUCAGAAGGGCUUGCAAGGCCAUUCCCAGGACCCUCCUUCAGCUGGGGGCUGGCACCUGCCUUGGGACACCACAGACGUGUAGGGUGGGGAUUCCCUUUACCAGGCCUCCGUGACACUCUGCCGGUGAGGAGGAGGGGACACACCCUAUGCCAGGAAGUCUGGGAGCCCAGAGGAGGCAGCCAGCCUUUUUGGCUCUAAAGAACCCCACCUUGCCCAGGUCUUGGUCGUCUUGGUCGUCUUGGUGGCAGUGAGCACCGCCGUAUCUUCAGGAGUACCCCCCAAAGCUAACAACUGGGGCACUCCCAGACAGGCCCCUUCAGACAGGACACACUGGGUCUCUGGCACAGGGCAGCCGGCGCUAGAGCAGGGGCCGUGGCCUCUGACACGCAGGCCACAGAUGUCUGGGGUGAGCCUCCGCAGACCCUGCAGCCCACCGCCUCUGAGUCCCUGCAGAGCACUUACAGCCAAGUCCACGACUGGCCCACGCACUGGGUGUGCGUGUCAGUUGGCCACGUGGACCCCCAAACCUUGGCUUGGGAAGUUGUCGUGGAGGCCUGCACGUCCUUUCCGAUUUGGAGGCGCGUGCAGGCUCAGCCCCUGCAGGUCCAGCCCCUCUGCGCACCAGGCGCCUCCCGGGACCCAAACACGCGUCCACAAGUAACCCAGGGGCGGAGUGAGGAGACACGCACUGGACCCCUCUGAGAUGCACUGUUCUUAAAAAAAGGCACGGGGUGAACCGACUUUGAUCUUGUCUAGACGCAAUAAAUAUGGAAUAUUUAAUGUAGUCAUGUUGAUGUGGGCAUAAACCGUAUGGCUCCUUGUGUUCCUUUGAGCUAAGUAUGUGAAGCUUUGUCCCGGGGAGGGGGAGGAGCCGGGGUUAGGAGAGGUCGAUGCUUCUGAGCCUCGGGACCGUGCUAGGGAAGUACCUGCUUUCGCCAGCGUGACUCAUGCUGCGUGGAUACCGAACACGAGGGUGGAAAUGAAAACUGGAACUUCCUUGUAAAUUUGAACUUGGCAAUAAACGAGAAAAACGUUA